AUACUGUCAACACAGGAACUUCAUUCUCAUGUCUGGAAACCAACGUCUCAACCUGCCCCUGCUGGCCACCCGCUCGACCUGCUCAGGCGGCACCUAUAUCGUGACGGGAUCCAACACCGGCCUCGGCUUCGAAGCAGCGCAGCAUCUCGUCUCCCUGGGCGCCGCGACCGUCAUCCUCGCCGUGCGGGACGUGGUCGCCGGCGAAAAGGCACAGCAUGCCAUCGAGUCCACCACGGGAGUCACCGGUGUGGCACAGGUGUGGCCCCUCGACCUGGCGAGCUUCGCCUCCGUGCAGGGAUUCGCGCACCGGGCGAUCGCGGAACUGGCAAGAAUUGAUGCCCUGAUCGAGAACGCGGGUGUCGCAGCCCUGCCGGGUGUGGAUGCGGAGGGAUACCCGCUCGCCAUCACGGUCAAUGUGCUUUCAACGCUCUUGCUGGCGGUUCUGCUGCUCCCGCAUAUGAGUGAGACGGGCCGGAAGCAUUCCAUCUUGCCUCGUCUGGUCGUGGUAGGUAGUCGCGUGGGUUUCGACGCACGCGAUAAAUGGGAGAUGGUUCAGGAUGAUCCUUUGGCGAAGGUUAGAGAUCAGGAUAUUGCAUCGGCAAUUGGGUUACAGCUGUACGCGAUCUCCAAACUGUUCGAGACCUUCGCAGUCCGGUACCUCGCACCACGUAUUCCUGUUCGCCGCACCGGUGUCAUUGUCAAUCUCGUUUGUCCGGGGCUGUGCAAGACAGACCUGGCUCGGAAUGCGCCGCCAGAGUUCCAGACAAAGCUCCGCCAGAUGCAUGCUCAGUUUGGUCGAACGGCUGAGGAUGGGAGUCGCACGCUGCUCCACGCCGCCGUUGCCGGCGAAGAGACUCAUGGGUGUCUCCUUCAUUCGUGUGAGAUGGGAGAGUAAGUAUCCUUCGUCAAAAAUAUGUGUAAAGAUGUGUAAGCAUAAUGCUGACAAUUCGAUAGAAAUGUGGUCCCCCCCUGGAUAGACGAUGAAGCUGGGAAACAGUCGCAGCAGCGUGUGUGGGAGGCGAUCGCCCGUGAGUUGGAGACAAUCCAGCCGGGGUGUGUGCAGCGGCUGUAUGAGAUCAACAUUGAGUAGUUAUCAUCGAAUCAGCAGUCCAUGUUUCUACUCUCUCCCAUAACGUUCUUCCGUUUGCACUAUGUAAUGCAGGUACCCACGGGAACUGGGAUAUUGUUUCUUCACUGUCUUCCCAAGUGUACAACCCAAGACAAUCGACGGUAUUCCGAAUCAUAGGGAGGAUCC